AGUGAAGGGACACCUUACCCACUUCUCACUCUUACCCCGUUCCGUUCUAACCCUUCAACACCAUUCUUUUUUCCCAGUUACAACCAUCAUCUUCUCUCUCUCUCUCUCUCUGAAUCCAUUCAUUUUCUUUUUUCUGUUGGAUUAUAUCUGAAGCUCCUCCAACUAUAUAUAUAUAUAUAUAUGGAACCUUGUUAAUCCAACCUCUCUAACUCACUCCAACAAUUUCUCUUUCUAGAAUCUAACCAUAAUUUCUCUCUUUCAUCCGAAUCUGUAACUUGUUGAACCGUAUCCAUUUGAAUCCCAAAAAAAAAAAAAAAGUUUCCCAUUCUCUUUCCUUUUCCAGGGCUUUCUUCUCCCACAUCGUCCUCACAGACCCAUUAAUAGAAAACACAGAAAGAUAGAAACUUUCACACUCCCCUUUUCCUUAAAACUGAAUUCACUUCCGAAACCGGAGAAUUAUUUUUUCUUUUUUUUUGGGAAAUUUUUAUUUUAUUUUUCAGAUUUGGCGUUGGAACAUGGCGUCAUCUCUGAUCUCAAAUCCAACCACCACCUCCACCACUGAUAUUCGGUCACGUGUGAUGAAGAAGAAGAAGAAAUCUCAAACGAAACAUAACCAACAACAAGAACAGAGCCAAACCAAAUGGAAAUCGCAGGCGCAGCAACAAAUCUACUCCUCCAAGCUCCACAAAGCCUUGGCCAGAGUCAACAUCGGAGGCUCCGGCGACGCGCCUCGCCGCGGGAGAGCCGUCCGGGAAGCCGCCGACAGGGUCCUCGCCGUCGCCGCCAGGGGGAGGACACGAUGGAGCCGAGCCAUACUCACGAACCGGCUCAAGCUCAAGUUCAGGAAGCAGCACAAGAGACAGAGGGUAGUUGGGCCGACCGGGUCCAACAGCCGGUCCAGGAAGCCACGUGUCAGCGUUUUCCGGCUCAAGGGAAAGACCCUCCCAGCGGUUCAGAGGAAAGUAAGGGUUCUGGGCCGGUUGGUUCCCGGUUGCAGAAAAGAACCGCUGCCAGUGAUUUUGGAAGAAGCUAUUGAUUACAUACCUGCCCUUGAGAUGCAGGUUCGAGCCAUGUCAGCUCUUGCUGACUUACUCUUUGGCUCUUCUGGUGCCGGUUCGAGCUCCGGUUCGAGCUAUUGACACUUUUGGGCUAUGCCAGCUGUCAUAUAUAUAUUUUUAAUUUUUGUUAUUAUUUACCUCUUUUACUCUCACUCUCUUGCAACUAAUGGUUUCUGUUGAAGUACAUACCUAUACCUAUAUUUUCUGCCUUUCAAGCAAUUCAAUCUCAUACUUACCUUGAAACGUUUAAUAAGAAUAUCUCCUUUUUAACUUCCUCCAACAAGGAUGAUUUCGUGUAAUAUGACAUCAGUUAUAUAAGCUUUUUGUGCCAUAUAACAAAAAGUUAUGUUCUUUUUUUUUUUUUUUGGGUGGGGGGUCAUGUGUAUCUUAGUUCUGGUUCUGGGUUUGGUUUGAUUCUAAAAAAAGAAAAAAGGUUUCACAAACUAUAAUUAUGGUAUGUCUAUUGAAUGUGAUUAGAAGUAGGCAUCUUACAGGUAAGAAGCUUGCAAACGGAACUCAUAUUCUUGAGGGUAAUAGGAUGCAUAUGUUGUUGUUUCAAGGAAAUGAAUGAUUGGACUUUUGGUAUAAGAUAUUUUGUAGGAUUUUUAGAAAACUAAAUUUUUUUAAAUUUUUGAUUUUCAGAUAUUAUUAUAAACAGAAUGUUUGUAUCGUAUUUCUGAAAAUUGAAAUUCUUAAUAAAUAAAAAAAUUUCCUCUGUCAAAUGCUCUUUAUGUUUGUAUUGUAAGUUGGUUACUCGUGGCCUCAAAGUUGUUCAAAUCUCAAAUCUGUAGCUUUUGCUAGGUUAAGUGUGCAGGUUUAUCAUGUCGUGGACCUCUACUGCUGAGUCAUUCUCUUUCUUCUAUUUUUAAUUCAACCCUAAUUAUUUUUUGGAUGAGUUGGUUCCUUUUAAUAUUUCACAAGCUUUGAUUUUUUUGAAAUUAUUAUGAGACU